UUAUUCCGCGGCGACGGCGGCGGCGGUCACCCUGACGAUGAGAAGUAUCGUUCACGCACAUUGUACAGUUGUAUUAUAAUGAUCGGUGAACGGUACCUAAAGACUUGUGCAUCGGUUAACGAGAGCCUGCAGACCUACGUGAGAUCGUUUGAACAAUACCCGAAAGUUUGUUGGGUGAAAAGUUGACUGAACGCGCGCUGUUAAAGCCCGUGAAUAUAACCACCGGCUGUAUACGACAAAGAGAUUUUAACGAGUGAACCGUGACGUGAUAUGCCGAAACGGAAUACCGUUGAGACAUAGUUCGACACGAUUGUGAUUGAAAGUAAGAAUCGUUCCUCGCACAUUCCCCUUGGGAUAAAGUGGUUCUGUAUAAUAAUAGGCGAAGUGAUUUGUCCGUUCAACCAACCGAUUAUACGCGACGUUCUUGGGAUCCGGAGGAUUGGUAACAUGAACGAAAUCAUGGGUGAAUCAUCGGGAGCACCCACGACAGGGAUGGAAAAUUCUGUCAGCGCCAGUUCCACCCCUGUCCUCGGUAACAAUAACAACAAUAACGACAACAAUAACAGCAACAGUAACAACAACAAUAACAAUGGUCCAGGAAUCGGUGGAGUGAACGGAGGCGAGGGAAUCAGCGCUGCAGUUGCCAAAGUUCUGAAGGGGUACGACUGGACGCUGGUACCUGUUGCCACCAAGGGUUCCGGGGACAAGCGAGCAGCCCACGUUAAGAGGCCGAUGAACGCCUUCAUGGUUUGGGCUCAGGCAGCGAGAAGAAGGCUCGCCGAUCAGUAUCCGCAGCUCCACAACGCAGAGUUGUCCAAGACUCUCGGGAAACUGUGGCGAUUGUUAUCCGAAUCGGAUAAAAAGCCCUUUGUCGAGGAGGCGGAACGACUUCGGGUAAUCCACAAGCGUGAACACCCGGAUUACAAGUAUCAGCCUCGACGUAGGAAACAGAACGGGAGCAGCGGACGCGACAAUUCGCCAACCAGGAGUCAGAGCAACGUGACCUUCAGCGUAUCCCGGUCGUCGUUCAAGCAGGAGGACAGCAGAAGCCCAGUCGGUGGACUUCAGGGUCCCACCUCGCCCCAAAGCGGCAUAAGCUCCUCGCCCCCGACGACACCGCGUCAGGGUUUGUCGCCGCUGACUCCGCCGACGACGCCGAGAGAGCAGCACUACGCCAACAUGCAGGGAAAUCCUCAUCAGCAGAACAACAGCACUAUACCGCUCUACCACCACGAUCAGUCCUCGGGUGCUUCUUCGGCCACAUGCGAAGGUCCCCAGCAGCACGGCGGUGUCGACCUCCGGUACAUCGAGGUUGGCGAAUGCCUGCCCGUCGAGGAGGGACACCUCACCACCCUCAGCAAUACCCUGGGCGGUGUUGCCGGAUUGAAUCUGCCUCUUGCUCUACACGAGUGCGAAGUCGAGAGCAGUGAGUUGGACCAGUAUCUACCACCCCCUGCUCUGCACCACAUGCAGUAUGCCUUGGCGCCCCCGUGCUCAACGGUCUCCCAGUGGCUGCCCAACAGAUACGGGAUGACCGACGGGGACGACGAGGAGGAUGACGACGAGGAGCACGAUACCGAGGACGUCGACAACGAGGACUCAGAGAGAGCCAGGAAGCGGCACUGCAACGAACACCAUUCGGAGAUGACGUGGGAAGAAAGGACUCACGACAUGAUUCGGUAUCACGAACUCCAGCCACCGCUACCGCCCGUUCAGUACAUCCACGCCCCUCACCACGGCCAGAGCCAUGUCCAUGUCCACCUCCACGGACACGGCCACGGCCACCCUCACGGAACGAUGAACUCGUCGACUGGGACGUCGACGUCGACGACGACGACGACCCCCCACGGCGGCCACCCGCACGUGGUGGGAACAAACCCCUACACCAGCCAGUACCAUCGCUACGUACCUGGGAUAGAAGAAUCAUGGGCAAACUGUUUGUAGAGUUGGGAAAAAUAACGGAGGCGAUCACUAUUAUAUAUACAUAUAAUAUGUGUAUUGGUGCGUGUGUAUGUGCGUGUGUAUAUAUUUAAUUAAAUACUUAUUCCUCCAUCUUCGAGUCACGUCCUUCAUCACCGAUGCGUCCGAAUGCUGAUUAUUGUGGUAAUGGACCUCAAUCGUUCAAACUACGCAGAUGGUCGUUCGAAAUUGACGCUAACGUAGCAAUGGUGAUUAGGGUACUGAUGGAAAAAAGGGGGAUGAGUUGAGAAUGAG